UCCUCCUCAGUGACUCCGCUCUCCGGGUUUUCUAGCUUGCCUCCUUCUCGUCCCACUCACACACACUGUCAGAGCGCGGAGUUGACACCCUCUGGCCACUGUAACCGUUGCGAGGCAGCCUGCUCUUUCCUCAGCUGAAGCUCUCAUUGACUCGGGUCUGUGUCCUCAUGCAAGGCUGCUGAAGAAGCUCUGAGAAUCAGGUUUUUUCUUCUCUCUUUGCUCCUGACUCACUCAGAUCGGACUCAUCAACGCUUCAUUACAGCAAAGCUCCUAAAGACAAGAGGAUAAAAGUGAACGUUUAAUUUCAAGACUUGUCACUGUCUACUAAUACUCUUCACAAUGUCUGGCGAUGAUGCACCUGCUCAGCAGCAAAACGCCGAGGAAACAAAGCAAGAUAAUAAACCCAGCGAGGAGCCGAAAGCUGAGUCCAAGCCGGAGUCCCCACCAGUCAGUUCCACCGAGGCGGCAGCCACACCGGCGGCGACCGAGAAGGUCCCCGAGGAAGAGCAGUUCACCUACCGCUCUCUGGUCCUUUCCGGCUACGGGGGCUAUGAUAAGGUGAAACUGCAGGUGAAGAAGGGGAAGCCGGCACUCAAGGCCGGAGAAGUCAUGGUGCGGGUCAAGGCAUGCGGGCUGAACUUUGCCGACCUGCUGGCCCGGCAGGGUCUGUACGACCGGCUGCCGUCCCCACCUGUCACGCCAGGGAUGGAGUGCUCCGGGGAGAUCGAGGCUGUGGGAGAAGAGGUGACGGAUAGAAAAGUGGGUGACAAGGUGCUGGUGCUGAACCGCUGUGGGCUGUGGCAGGAGGUGGCUGUGGUGCCCGCUACCCACACAUUCCUCAUCCCAGAGGGAAUGACUUUUGAGGAAGCCGCCGCCCUCCCCGUCAACUACAUCACCGCCUAUAUGAUGCUGUUUGACUUUGGCAACCUGAGGCCCAACCAGAGCAUCCUCAUUCACUCUGCUGCAGGUGGGGUGGGCAUCGCGGCCACCCAGCUGUGUCAGACAGUGAAGGACGUGACCGUGUUCGGGACGGCGUCGGCCAGUAAGCACGAGACCAUCAGCCAGGGCGGAGUCACGCACUGCAUUGACUACCGUACACGGGACUACGUGGAGGAAGUCCGCAAGAUCAGCCCCAAAGGGCUGGAUAUUGUGCUGGAUCCUCUGGGAGGCUCAGACACCCACAAGGCUUACAACCUGCUGAAGCCCAUGGGCAAGCUCAUCACCUACGGUGCAGCUAACAUGCUAGCAGGCCAGAAGAAGAACCUUCUGGCGGUAGCUAAGACCUGGUACCACCAGUUCUCCAUCCACACACUCAGCCUUAUCCAGAACAACAAGUCAGUGUGUGGCUUCCACCUGGGCUACCUGGACGGAGAGGUGGAGGUGAUUCAGCAGGCCAUGACCACCAUCCUGGACCUCUAUAAACAGGGCAAGAUCAAACCACGCAUCGACUCCACCUAUCACCUCGAACAGGUGGGCGAUGCCAUGCGGAGAAUGCAGGAGAGAAACAACAUUGGCAAGGUGAUCCUCAUCACCGAGCCUAUGCCAGAGGAGGAGAAGAAAGAGGAGCCUAAGAAAGAGGAGAAGAAGGAGGACAAGAAGAAGGAGGACAAGAAGAAAGACGACAAGAAGAAGGAUGACUCCAAGAAGGAGGACAAGAAAGAAGAGAAGAAGAAGGAAGAGCCGAAGAAGGAGGAGAAAAACGAGGAGAAAAACGAGGAGAAGAAAGAGGAGAAGAAGGAGGAGCCCAAGAAAGAGGAGAAGUGAGGGAUUGAUGGAUGGAUGGAUAGUCAGGCAGGCAGACCAUAGGGGAGCUCUUGUCCUGGGAGCAGGGGUUUGGUUUGGGAGGGGUGACAGGGCAGGGGAAAUGUGGUGGGGGAGGGAAAGGGAGGUGUGGUGUGUGUGUGGAUUGGAGUUGGGAGAGCGGGGGAUGGGGGUGGGCUUUAUAGACACAUUGCACAGCAGUCAAUCUGUCAUCCCUACCAUCAUCUCUCAGACCCCUUCCCAGUCCACUCUGACAACGAAUACUCAGGCCUGGGCCUUUACCCACCCCUCCCCCUCCUCCCCUCUCUCUCCUCCCCCACUCAAGCAAGGGUCAACUUAUUUCUGAAUCCCUCACGCUCCCUCAUCCCAAGGCACCUUAAUGAUAGCCGGGCUCACAGAACAGCUCCCUCCCUCACCUCGCCACCAUGGGAAAAUGACCACUACAAUAAACUCUCCUUUGACUCAUGUCAUAACAGUCUGAAGGUGUUGCCUGUUGAGACCCCAGAGAGAUAGUCCGAGAGAGAGACACACAGAGGGACAGUGUGGGUGUAAUUCCCAGGCCUGGGGUGCAUCACCGUUGCCUUGACAAUGAUAAUUCGACCUGUUCCAACUCACACAGUGCCCCUCCUCCCUCCAUGUCGACUCCCACUAUGCUAAAUUGCCCUGCCCUGACUUCCACCUGUCACCUCUCCUUCCUCCCCUCCCCCUAUCCCUAUUGUAUAAACCCACAGACAGACAGACAGACAGACAGACAGACAGACAGACAGACAGACAGACAGACAGACAGACAGACAGACAGAACCACACCCACCCACCAUCUCACAUACGGUCCAGUGUUUUGUUAUGUCACUGUGCAUGAGUCAGUCAGUGUUUGCUUGUCUGUGAUUGGCUGUCAGCUCGCCUGGAGAUGUUUGCAUGGCUGUGUGAUGCUUGACUCCAAAUCCAGUGGUUACAGAACUCCCCUGUCAAUCACCACUACCCACUCUUUAUUUAAGUAUAUAAAGAAAGGUUAGUGGCACGUCCCUUAAAUGCCAGGGCACUUCUAGUAUCACACAGCUCCGCCCUCACAGCUGAGCCCACACUACAAAUCCCAUAAUCCUAGAGGUGACGCACUAGAGACCAGACAAUAGCGUGUGACAGGAUGAAGCUCCAGACAGAGAAUUAAUGAGCCAUUUGGUCCAGUAUUAAAUAGGGAGGGAGAAAUUAGGGCUUAGUUUUGGUGCUCUAUAGUCACUGAUGUUUCUAAUGAACCAACUGUUGGCAAGCAGUGCAUAUUGUCAAUUAGGAGAGAAAAUUGUCUCUCUUCAAACAAGGCGCACAAACACACACACACACACACAGGGCGAUGUGUUCAAAGGGGCAGUAUUGUGUAGAGACACGAAGACAUGUGAAUGGAGUAAGAUAGAGUUGAAUGCCACCCAGUUCCUUGAUAUCAGACCCUACUCCUCCCCUGACAUUCCACUCCUUUAACAGUGACCGCUUGCCUGUCGUUCACCCUGAUCUGAAACAGGAGAGUUUAGAAGGGUCAAAAAAACUCCUGCUGCUGUGCAUUCUCACCCGUCCCUCCCGCUUCUCCUUUCUCUACAUCUCUCUCUCUCUCUCUGUGGUCGGCAUAGCAACAGGCACCAGGCUCGUCAGAGAUGGCGCUCUGGUCUAUUUCUCGGUCUAUCGAGAGUGAGUGUGUGAGUGAGCAGUAAAUUGUCUAAUGAAACCUUGGCUUUAGUAUUAAAGCUGUAGUACAGAGCAGUAAAGUCAGGCUAACAUCCAGGUUUCUAUACUCUGGAAAUAUUUCUAUUUGUAUCGGUAUAUUAUGAGGACAUUCAAAUCUCAUAUAGUCUGUGUGCUGUUGGCACACCUGGGGCCACAAUCAGUUGUUGGCCUCUCCCAUAUGAAUGCACUGCUGCCCCUUGUGGACAUAAUUUAGAACAGCAAGACUGGUUUUCAGAAGUUGAUUAUAGGCGACUCCUUUGUAUCAAUAAAGCGGGGUUUUGUUUACGUCCUCCUCUAAAUUAUAUUGAAUUAAUCUGAUAUUCAUUCUUACGUCAGAGAUUAAUUGUCUAUAAUAAACCAUGGGCGGAAGCUAAACCUGUUAUGUGCAGGAGUCCUGCAGUACGGACUUCAAAAACACACCACUACUAUCCCAUUUGGAAAUAUGUGAGAAUCCAUGCUCUUUACACACUUGUCUGUCCGCCUGCCUGUCUGUGAAGAGUCUCAGAUGGUGACUAGUGACUUUGUAAAGAAGUUGUUGUGUUAGCAUGAGUGACCUCCCUCAUGUUGUGUGUCAGUCAUUGUGUGUGAAGAUGUGUGUGUCCUCAGGUCGUUUGUCAGGUUAAGAAAAGACUCCCACCACCUCAACCCCAUUACAACCUCCCCUUCCUUGAACUCUUUAUCUGCUUCACAGCUGUCUAGCUCUAAUCCUUUGUUUCUCACUCUCUUUCUCUCUCUCCUCUCCUUCUCUGACGAGGCCAAUGUUAAGAGGACAGUUGGUAUAGGUAUUUUGCACUCUGCUCGCUGAUCUUAAUGCACUUCCAGGCAUGGCAGUCCCACUCCAGUCCCACUGUCUCUGAAUCCGCUCCUUCCCCACUCAAAGAGACCAUACUGUAUCUGCUGAAACUCACUGGAAGUACAGUGGAAGUGACAUUUUUGCAUGCACUCAAAACACAAACACUCAUCUCCUCCUCUAACUUCUGCCAGCUUCUCCUGGGUGGCAGCUCAAAUGAAACCAUUCAUUCAUCCAGGGCUGUGAAAGUGACGACCCGGUGUAGCGGGGACAGCAGUGGGCCUGGGACGGAGUGUGAGUGCCAUGCCAGUGUGGGGAGUGACUGUGUUCUGUCAGGCUCUGGUUAGUGUUAUUUUCUGAUCUGCUGGGCUCCUUCUGUGAACCUGUGGACCGGUGCUUUUGUUUUCUGAAUGCCAUGUGAGAAGCUAAUGCUUCAGUAAAAGGAUGUUUUACUUAGUAGGUUAUUUUUUGUUGUUGUUUGACUUAAUGUUUUUUUGUUUUGUUUUCCAAGGGGUUUAAAGUUCAAAGUUCAUACUCUUUACGCAGGGACCUGCCUAACUACAUUCCUUUUCAAUGUGAUGAGCCUUUCUGUUGGGCCUGACCAUUUGUGCCAAACUGUAUGUACUCCUCUGUCAAUGCCUUGAUUACAACGGUGCAUUCAAUGAAAAGGAGAAGAAGAAAAAAUGUUUCUGGGUACUUUUCCUAUGACCUUGUAGAAAAACAAAAACAAUCUGUGUAUGAUUUCUGUCCCAAAUGCUUAUGGGUGCUGAUAGAGUUUUGCUACAGUUUACAAAAGGUUCUAGUUGUUUCUGAUUGGUUGGGGUCUUGCUCUCAUGCCUCAAUCCUAACACACACACACACACACACACAGACACAGAAUCUUGUUGAGAGGCACUUCCCUCCAUAUCCAAAUUCCUCAUUGUGCUAGUCUCAGAUCAGCGAAAUGUGUUAAGAGUAUUAUCAGGCCUCAGACAUCUACUACAACAAGCUGAUCCCACAUCAGUCGACAGGCCUAUGCGUUUACAUUCAUACCAUAUAAUCUCCAUAACAGUGAAUGGACAAGGUGUAUGGACGAUUAGGCUGCACAGCAAAGCAAACAAACUCAAAUCUUCUUAGAAUUGCAACCCCAAAAAAUAAAAAAUAUAUUUUUUAAACUGA